CUACACCCGCCCGCCUAAGAUGGCCACCGCCGUUAGCCUUAGGGUUUCUCUGUCCUCUCCAAUCAGCUCUCUCUCCCUCCCCUCGUCCUCCUCGUCUCCUCUCCUUAGGGUUAGGGUUCGAGCUUGUGCGGCGAUGGCGGGCGUCGCCGUGACCCCGGCGGUGAUUGUAGGUGGCGGGAGGGUCGGGACGGCGCUGCGGGACUUGAGCGACGACCGGGACGUCAUCGUCGGGAGGGGCCAGCCAGUGCCGGCCGACUUUGACGGCCCCAUCCUCGUUUGCACCCGGAACGACGAUCUCGACGCGGUCCUCGAGGCCACCCCGCCAUCUCGAUGGAACGAUUUGGUGUUUUUCCAGAAUGGAAUGCUUGACCCAUGGCUUGAAAGUAAAGGUUUGAGUGAUGCAAACCAAGUGUUGGCUUAUUUUGCUAUCUCCAAACUUGGAGAAGCUCCAGUUGAUGGGAAAACUGAUACCAAUCCAGAAGGCUUGACGGCAGCAUAUGGUAAAUGGGCUUCAGCAGUAGCUACACGGCUCCAUAAUGGAGGCCUUUCUUGCAAGGUCCUUGAAAAAAAACCUUUUCAGAAACAAAUGCUAGAGAAAUUGAUAUGGAUCUCAGCUUUCAUGCUUGUUGGAGCUCGACAUCCAGGGGCUACGGUUGGUGCUGUGGAGAAGGAAUAUCGAUCUGAGGUUGCCAACCUGAUUGCGGAGCUAGCAUCUGCUGCAGCUGCAGAGAAGGGUAUAGUAUUUGAUGAAGGAAUAGAAGAGAGGCUUUGUGCUUAUUCUAGGGCUGUUUCACACUUUCCAACUGCUGUAAAAGAGUUCAAGUGGAGGAAUGGUUGGUUUUACUCACUGACAGAGAAGGCGCUCGCGCAAGGAGAGCCAGAUCCAUGCCCACUGCACACAGCUUGGCUCAAGGAACUGAAGGUCGUAUGAGAAAUUUAGGCCUUGUAUUUUUUUGCAAAUGCUGAGUAUGUGAUUAAUAUCCUUGUCGAUACCUCAUGUCACCUACAAUCAUCAAAUGAAAGGCCAGACUACAAAUUUAUCUCGAGGAGA